UUUUAGCAUUUGGUAAAUUCACGUAAACAAAUUGUGUAAACAAACUGCGGCUUCUUCAAAUGGUAUUUGAAAUCGUCCGGAAUGCGAUCGCGAUUCGAUAGUUACAAAUUGUUCUUUCACUUUCAUUGAUGCCGGCAAACGUACCGGUAUGGAGUUAAAAUUUGAUCAUCGACGUACAAUGCGAGGCAUUCGCAAAUGUUCCCAUUGCGGAUCGCUCAACGGAAAUCGUGCUGUUCGAUGCAAAAAUCAGCUUUGUCAACAAAAAGUAAAGGACAUUCCAAAUCCUGUGCAAUGCAGCUCUUCGUCUACAUUGAUUGUGGUACAACUGCAUCAAACGGGUUAUACGAAUGGUCGGCUGUACAGUGUUCGUGAUGGCCAUCGUGAAGGUUCGCGGAACAUCGUCCGUACGAGUAUCUGUGCUGAUGGCACAAUUGCAGCCCUUACUGUCAUCCAAGGCAGAGAUAUUACUGAUGAAGGAAAUCUAUUGAGAGUCAUUUCGUCGUGUAAAUCCAUUGCAGAAGCGGUACCAUUGCUGAAGGAAACGACAAAUUCGCUCGCCGUUUCGGAAGAGGAAAAGCUUUCGCUGUGGGAAAAAUGUUGCCAUCCGGGAGGCCCAUUAGUACAGCGUGUAUCGAGUGAUUUGUUCGUCGUUGGUCAUUGGCCAUCACCGUACGGACUGUCUCAUGUAGUUGCACUAAAAAAGAAUCAAAAAUUUUCCCAUUUUCAAUGCGACUGUCAGACGAAUAAAUCAUCUCCAAUCGAAUGCUGGCAUAUGCGCGCGGUAGCUGCUGGUUUACUGAGUGCCCCAGAAACAUACGGAGAACGAUGGACUGCUCUGCUGGAAAAAUUUGUAGACAAAAAAUCACCCAUAUCACCAUCAACUGCACUGCUGGAUGGUGUUCAUGGUGAGAAUUCGGUGCUUUCGUACGAAUAUCUUCUCGCGACAGAUGAUGCCGAGUACAUAUCGAUGCCCAGCGAACAUAUUGAAAUGCAAUCAAUGUUGAAUUCACAAUACAUGGAACUUUUUAACGAUGAAGAAAACAGCAACACGGUCACCGAUGAAACGACACGCAAUUUGCUGCCCACUACCUGCAUUCCGGACAUAUUUGCCGGUGGUGAAGAAAGUCUCCAUUUGAUGGACUGUCAGAUCGAACUGAUGGACGAACUCGAUCCAACGGAUCGCAUCGAUUUCUGCCCUUCGUUCAUUGAGUGUGAAGAUAGCUUGCCAGUGUCGGAAACGGGCGAGAAUUCGCAGGAAGAAAAGAUGGUUCGAAUUACAACCAAAAAGGGUGCACUCAAGCGCUCUGGAAGAAUGGCUCGUGAGAAGCUUACACGCGGCAGUUAUAGCGUUCGCAAACUGAUGAAAGUGCUUGAAUCGAAUGGAAUAAUUUUUAAUAGGCUGCAGCAGGUGAGCGGUUUGAAGAAUGUUUCACCGAUGCCAGCUUACGAAGCAACCCAAUGCAAUUUGUCCUUCACAUGCUGGCUUGAGUCCGUAAUAGAGCAGCUAAACUCCGUCAUCGACUAUAACACGGAUGGUAAGCCGGCUGUGCAAACGUUUCGCAUACAGGAAGAUUUUUUCCACUGUUUGCGAGCACGUUUUUCCAUUGGCCAUCGUUUACGGCAACCGGAACCGGCACAUGAUACCACGGAGCAGGAAUGUGACCGAUCGCAGAUGUAUAAAUUUACACACCACAAAAGUCUUCUGCAUGUAUUUCGAACGGAUAAAAUUGAGCUUUGCUUCGAAAAGAAAUUCACCCAGGGACCGGAUGAUCGUUACGUACCGUUGGAACUGUCGGAGGACAGCGAACCACUUUCGGAGCCGGAAAAUAGACCCAUUCGACCACAUUGUUACAGCACGUACAUUAAGCUGGGACGCUACAGACAUGAACCGGACCCGGAACGGGUGUAUUACUUUUCGCUCGAAUGGAUUGGCGGUGUGCUUCCGCGCAGUGGCUUUGGUGAUCUUCGGAUAUCGUUCCAAUAUGGGCAUCGGAUGAACAACCAGUACAUGACACCACCGGCUAUGCUGCACACGGCGUAACAUUCAAAGAGAGAUUGGAAGGAAAUAUAUUCAUCCCGAUGAUGCUAUUCUUACUAACCAACACGCGCGGCAUCACUUAAGUGCGAGGACUGUUUGUAGGAUAACAAAUAAAUAUGCUAGAUGAAUAUUUGUUCGUGUACUAAAGACGCAAAAA